UUAUUUUUAACCAGAAUUGGCGGUUAGCUGAUAUAUUUCUUAGUAUAAACAUCUGUUUUGAUUUUCUGUAUAAUAGGUUGACAACCCUUAUCGAUCAACACCGUGUUUGUUCCUGCCUCCUUGCGAAAUUAAAAUGUUUUAAAUUAUAUAAUACUGUGCUGUGCUGUGCUGUGCUACUGUAGUAAUGGAUCGAAUCGAUACAACCAAGCGAAAGCCCAGACGCACUCACGGCACACCAUCGUAUACCUACCGGAAUCGCUUUGCCUACGCUCUGUUAGCAGCUGGAGCUGUAUGCUUUGGAAUUUGGAGCUUAACGCCCAUGCAGCGCUUGUCAAACGAAAAGCUGUGUAAAAAACUACUGACUCCAUCGGAGCAGGAACUUGACAGGAAAGGACUGUUUGAGUUUGGUGCACCGCGUCCCGGAAAGUUUAUUAGAGAAGCCAUCGAGGAGGCUGAGAAUCUAAGGACAGAACGCUAAUCAUGGAUCGAAA